CCCGGCUCCCGCCGCGGGCUUCGGAGGGAGCGGGGGCCGUGCCCCAGCUAUGGCCGGGCGCGGAGCGCCGCCGAGCCGCGGCCUCGCUCCGUCCGUGCUCCUCCUCGCCUGGCUCUGCGCGCCCCUGCUCGGCCAGCCCGGAGCCUCACGCGAGGCUGUAUCUGAACCUUCUUUUAUUGCUAAAAGUGAAGAUCGUUUGUUUAAGCAUUUAUUUGAAGACUAUCAAAGAUGGGUUCGUCCAGUGGAACGUUUGAAUGACACCAUAAAAAUCAAGUUUGGCCUUGCAAUCUCUCAGCUAGUAGAUGUGGAUGAGAAAAAUCAAUUGAUGACAACAAAUGUAUGGUUGAAACAGGAAUGGAUAGAUGUAAAAUUAAGGUGGAAUCCUGAAGACUAUGCUGGAAUAACAUCUAUCCGUGUCCCAUCAGAUUCUAUUUGGAUUCCAGAUAUUGUGCUCUAUGACAAUGCAGAUGGACGUUUUGAGGGAACAUCUACAAAAACAGUGGUGAAAUAUGAUGGCACCAUUGCUUGGACUCCACCAGCAAACUACAAAAGUUCUUGUACUAUUGAUGUAACAUUCUUCCCCUUUGACCUUCAAAAUUGCUCAAUGAAAUUUGGUUCCUGGACUUACGAUGGCUCACAGGUUGAUCUAAUUCUUGAAGAUUAUGACGUUGACAAAAGAGAUUUUUUUGAUAAUGGAGAGUGGGAAAUAGUGACUGCAACAGGAAGCAAAGGAAACAGGACUGAUGGAUGCUGCUGGUAUCCUUUUGUUACAUAUUCAUUUAUAAUUAGACGUUUGCCACUUUUUUACACUUUGUUUCUCAUUAUUCCUUGUAUUGGGCUUUCAUUUCUAACUGUCCUUGUCUUCUAUCUUCCUUCAAAUGAAGGUGAAAAAAUUUCACUCUGCACUUCAGUACUGGUAUCUUUGACUGUUUUUCUUCUUGUUAUUGAAGAAAUUAUUCCAUCAUCUUCUAAAGUUAUCCCGCUCAUAGGAGAGUACUUGGUGUUUACUAUGAUAUUUGUGACCUUGUCCAUUGUGAUCACUGUCUUUGCUAUCAACAUCCACCACCGCUCCUCGUCCACACACAACGCCAUGGCACCCUGGGUUCGCAAGAUAUUUCUGCACAAGCUGCCCAAGCUGCUCUGUAUGAGAAGCCACGUCGACAGGUACUUUGCUCAGAAGGAGGAAACAGCAAAUAUGAACGGAUCAGAAUCAUCCAGGAACACCUUGGAAGCAGCUCUGGAUUCCAUCCGCUAUAUUACGAGACACGUGAUGAAGGAGAAUGAAGUUCGCGAGGUUGUUGAAGACUGGAAAUACAUUGCUCAGGUGCUUGAUCGAAUGUUCUUAUGGGCUUUUCUUCUGGUUUCAAUAAUUGGAUCACUUGUGUUAUUUAUUCCUGUUAUUCAUAAAUGGGCAAGUAUAAUAGUCCCUACCCACAUAGGCAGUGCAAAUGCAUAAAAUAUUUUUGAAGCUGUGUCCUACUGACCUGGCUCUGAGUUUUGCAGUAGCUCUAUUUCCAUGCAUGUUCUUUGUAGGCAUGUUUCUGGUAGAGUGAAAAAAAAAAAAAAACCCAGAACUAGAAAAUUAGGUUUAUCUUAAAGCAUGGCAUUCCCAGGACACGUAGAAGUCAGUUUGCUUAUUGCCAGUGUACUGAGUUACUGCCAAGCCAGGUCAGAAUUAAAAGAACCUUUUCAAGCCAUGGCACGUAUGAUUUAUCAAAAAAGCAGACACUGACACCUACUGUGAUAUAGAAGGAUUUCAAUUUUUUAAUGAUGAUCACUGUAGUCCAAUUAUUAAAUUACUAUAUAAGUCAUUAUACUGAAUAAUAAAUAUUUGCAAUUACACAGUAGAGUUGCUUAUUUCAAUUUAGUAUAUAAAGGUGAAUUUUCAUCUGGUCUCUUCAGUGUGUUGUAGAAGUCUGAAAUUUUGCCAGAGUGAUUUAAAAUAAUAAAAAUAUAAGUUAAACUUCCUGUAUAUAUAAUAUACAACUAAGAACAGCAAUUUGGCCAUAUUUGGCCUUUGUAAAUUUUCAGUGGAAUUUGCUGCUAAAUUUUAAAGUUUGUUAAUUCUGUGAUACCAACAUAAGCAUUUAAUAAACCUUAAAAUGCCUAAA